AAAAUUUAGGGACAAAGUUGAAACAUUUGAAAACUCAAGUGAAAUCAGAACUAACAUAAAAAUUGUCGCCGUCACCAGCCCUAAUCCAUUUCCGCCGCCACGAAGAACACAGUUAGACCACGAACACCGCCUGAAGCGGUGCGACCCCAUUCUAGCCCGUUCCGUCCGAUAAGCCGCAUAUAUUGCCGUUCCAGCUGAUAAAUCGUUUAUUUAAUAUUUUAGAACACGGCAGCGCUAUAUGCCGGAACUUUGUCGCGGUGGCCUCCGCUAGGGUUCCGGUGAACCAUGAAGGGUGAUGAUAUGACUGUAGAAGAAAUGUACAACAACGAAUAUGAAUUUGAAGACGACGAGGAUGAUGACAGUGAUUGGGACCCUUCAGCUGUAUCUGACCAUAAUAAUGUUGUCGAAAUUCCAAAGUGGUUUUGCAUCAAUUGCACUUGGCCUAAUAUUGGGCAUGACUUUCAUUGUGAUCUAUGUGGUGAACAUAGAGAAUCUGGAAUCCUACAGCGCGGAUUUUUGGCCUCUUCCCUUCAUCCAGCAGAACAAGGCCUUGCUCAAAAUGGUGCAGAUGUAGCUGUUGCUCUCCAAGAUCCGAGCUUGCAAAGUAUUGGCUCCGACAACCGUACUGCCAUAGGUUUCGACGAAAGAAUGUUACUCCAUGAAGAAGUGGUACAGAAGUCUCAUCCUCAUCCAGAAAGAUCUGAUCGUCUUCGAGCUAUUGCCGCUAGCCUUGCAGCCACAGGUAUAUUUCCAGGAAGGUGUUAUCCGAUCCCACCUAGAGAAAUUACCCGAGAAGAACUCCUGAUGGUCCACUCCCUCGAGAAUAUUGAAGCUGUUGAACUUACAAGUCAAGUUUUCUCUAGCUACUUCACAUCUGAUACAUAUGCAAAUCAAAAUUCAGCAAGAGCUGCCAGGCUGGCUGCAGGUUUAUGUUUUGAUCUUGCUGCAGCUAUAUUUUCUGGAAGUGUCAAAAAUGGUUUUGCCUUGGUUCGUCCACCUGGUCAUCAUGCUGGAGUAAAACAAGCUAUGGGUUUUUGCCUUCACAAUAAUGCAGCCAUUGCUGCACUAGCAGCUCAGAAUGCAGGAGCUAAGAAGGUUUUGAUUAUUGACUGGGACGUGCAUCAUGGCAAUGGCACACAAGAAAUUUUCGACAAAAAUAAAUCGGUAUGCUUUCAUGGAAUGUUAAAUUUUUAUUCUAACUUGUUGCUUUAUUUUCGAGAUAUAGGUGUUCUAGACAUAUAUAAUAUAUAUUUUUUGCAGGUUGGUACAAUGGGUGCGGAAGGAUAUUGUGUAAAUGUCCCAUGGAGUCGUGGGGGAGUUGGUGACAAUGACUAUGUUUUUGCCUUUCAGCAAGUCGUCCUUCCUAUAGUUUCUGAGUUUGACCCAGAUUUUACGAUCAUUUCUGCUGGAUUUGAUGCUGCACGGGGCGAUCCUCUUGGACGCUGUGAUAUCACUCCUAGUGGCUAUGCACAGAUGACACAGAUGUGUUCUGAUCUAUCUGGGGGAAAGCUACUGGUUAUCCUUGAGGGCGGGUAUAAUCUUCGCUCCAUAUCAUCCUCUGCUACUGCAGUUAUUAAGGUCUUACUUGGCGAAAAUCCACGACAUAGUAUGGAGCAAGUAGUAAUACCCACAAAGUCUGGACUGCGUACUGUUCUAGAAGUGCUGGAAGUUCAGUUAAACUAUUGGCCUUCACUGAAAUCCAAGUUGUCAAAAUUGCAAUCCGACUGGGGAUUGUAUGCCCUGCACGACAAAAAACAAGUGAAGAAAAAGAAGAGACGUGCAAAGCAGCUGCCAAUUUGGUGGAAGUUGGGACGCAAAAGGUUGCUGUAUAGGCUCUGGUGCAAGAAGCUUUCUUAACAAUUCAAGGAACGAGAUGCUACUAACAAUUUUUGUAGAUUUUGGUAGCUAAUUUUUAUGCCCUACUAGGUAGGUGGUAGCUCUUUGGGAAAUUAUUUGUUGUAAUUUGCGACUAGUAGCCUGUUGUCUUUCCUUUGGAUUUUGAUUAAAUUGGUUAGGAUUAUAUUGUACAUGAUAAUAUUCUCUUCUUAUCUUAUGUUUGGAAUUUGUUUUGGUUCAUAUAUUA